CACCGAACAUAAUAACUCAGGAAUACAUUUCUGUUUUCAUUGGGUACAUCAUCGAUACAAUUAUUUGAGCUAUUGUACACCUCAUUUCAAAGGCUUUAUUGUUCUCUUGGGUGUAUUGUACUGAAGCAAGAUGUUUUUCGGUGAUUUUGGUUUUGGCGGUAUGCCGGGUGGCAUGCCUCACCACCACCGUUCUCGAGAGGUUGAUAAUGAAAAGUUCUAUAAGGUACUUGGAUUAUCUAGGGAUUGUUCGGAAAGCGAGAUUAAGAAGGCUUACCGCAAACUAGCUAUUAAGCACCACCCUGACAAAGGUGGUGACUCUGAGAUGUUCAAGGAAAUCACCAGAGCUUAUGAAGUAUUAUCAGAUCCUGAGAAGCGCCGUAUAUAUGAUGAGGCUGGUGAAGACGGUUUGGAAGGUAACAUGCCACAUGGAGAUCCAAGUGAUAUUUUUGAUUUGUUUUUCGGUGGUGGUAGAAAACCCAAGGGAAAGAAACGUGGUGAGGAUGUUGUAACCCAGCUGAAGGUUACUCUCGAGCAAAUAUACAACGGUGCUAUGCGUAAGCUCGCAAUCAAUAAGGAUGUUGUAUGUGAUACGUGUGAUGGUCUUGGGGGACCAAGUGACGCCUUUGUUAGUUGUGAUCUUUGUAACGGACGUGGUAUCCGAGUCCAAAUUCGCCAAAUGGGUGCAAUGAUUCAACAAUCACAAUCGAUGUGUCAUGCCUGUAAUGGCCAGGGUAGGAGCAUAAACGAGUCAAAGAAGUGCAAGUCGUGUUCGGGUAAGGGUGUGAAACAGAUGAAGAAGAUUUUGGAGGUAAAUAUAGACAGGGGUGUACCAGAUCAGCAUAAGGUGACAUUCCAUGGCGAGGCUGACGAACGACCAAAUGAAAUACCCGGUAACGUCGUGUUCAUUAUAUGUCAAGCUCCUCAUGAUCAAUUCAAACGUAGUGGCUCUGACCUCAUUAUUGUCAAACAGAUCCAGUUGUACGAGGCCUUAACAGGUGCUGUUUUCUACAUAAAGCACUUGGAUGGUAGGGUGCUGCGCAUCCAGACACCUGCUAACGAGGUUAUUCGCCCAUCCUCCAUAUUUGUUAUUGAGAAUGAGGGUAUGCCAGUGUACCAAAGCGCUUUUAGCAAAGGUAAUCUGUAUGUCAACUUCGAGGUGCAAUUCCCCGUAUCACGCAAAUUCUCUGCUGCUGAAAAGGAUCAGCUUAAAUCGCUGUUCCCUUACAAGCCAGAGUCCAAACCCUCGGGUACAACUGCUGCUGAAGAUGUGGAUGCGCGUGAGGUUGACCCUCAGGAAAUACACGACAGGGCACAUGCACAAUCUCAACAGCAAGCCGACAGUGACCGUGAAGAUCAUCAUCACCACGAGGGUAGAAGUGUGCAAUGCAACCAGCAGUGAUACUUGUCUAAAGACAUUGAAAUAUUUAA